AUGAAAACAUUCCCCAUCAACACCUUGAACGUGGACCAAAAAUACUCCAAUGGCAAAACCCACGGUAACUCUAAUGUAAUCAUCUUCCCACCAAGCAUCAUCCCACAAAGCAUCUCAUGUAAUGUGUUCUUCAACAUGCCCAGGAGUUACCUCCAGGUGAGGGGCUUAAGGCUCAGACUGGCCGGUGCUGCUGGCUGGCCAGUUAGCCUCCACCUUCCGGUUCUUCCUGCCCCCAGGAAAGCCCAGCUGGGUUUGUCUAUCCACCCCACAUCACCUGGUCCCAGAGGUAGUGGUGAGGGUGGUGAGAAAUAGACUUUCAUUAUGGAGAAAUGCCACUUCUUCAUUCUCUCUGCCAUGGUGCCUGGAGACCCCCUUUUGCCGGGGAGAGAAUUUCUGCCCUGGGCCAUGCUCCCUCUUUGCAAUUUCUAGUUGUGUUCAGGAUGUGAAAAUUCAGGGGGUAAAUUACUUUCAAAGGAACAAGGUUGCCAAAACAGCCAUGAUGUUCCUACCCAAGGUAAAAGUAAGUCAGUGCUCAAUCCGCCGGGAUACCUGCCCUGAAUGUCUUCUUCUCCAUGGCUCACAGCAGGCAGCAAAGACUGAGGGCCUCCAUGCUGCUUUCCCAACUCCCCUAAAAUGGAUGUGUGCGGCUGGAAAGAAAUGGAGGUUGCUCUGGUCAAUUUUGACAACUCGGACGAAAUCCAGGAAGAGUCAGCCUAUGCCACCAACUUCGACCCAGCCAGCCCCAGAGGCCGGCCCGGGAGCGGCACCUUCCCCAACUGGAAGAUCCUCGUCAGUGACAACACCACCCACGAGACCACCUUCUCCAAGCUCCCAGGGGACUACACAGAUCCCCCAGGGCCUGAGCCCGUGGCUUUGAAUGAAGGCAACCAGCGGGUGAUCAUCAACAUUGCAGGACUGAGGUUUGAGACCCAGCUCAGAACCCUCAAUCAGUUCCCAGAGACCCUCCUGGGAGACCGGGAGAAAAGGAUGCAAUUCUUUGACUCCAUGAGAAAUGAGUAUUUCUUUGACCGGAACCGGCCCAGCUUUGAUGGAAUUCUAUAUUACUACCAAUCUGGAGGGAAGAUCCGGCGCCCGGCCAACGUUCCCAUCGACGUCUUCGCGGAUGAGAUCUCCUUCUAUGAGCUGGGCAGUGAGGCCAUGGACCAGUUCCGGGAAGACGAAGGCUUCAUCAAAGACCCUGAGAUACCGCUGCCCACUAACGACUUCCACCGGCAGUUCUGGCUCCUCUUUGAGUAUCCUGAGAGCUCCAGCGCUGCCCGUGCCGUGGCCGUGGUCUCUGUGUUGGUGGUGGUCAUCUCCAUCACCAUCUUCUGCCUGGAGACACUGCCAGAGUUCCGGGAGGACAGGGAGCUGAAGGUGGUCAGAGACCCCAGCCUCAGCACGAACAAGACGGCCUUCCCCCAGACCAUGUUCACCGACCCCUUCUUCAUGGUGGAGUCCACGUGCAUCGUGUGGUUCACCUUCGAGCUGGUGCUCCGCUUCGUGGUCUGCCCCAGCAAGACGGACUUCUUCAGGAACAUCAUGAACAUCAUCGACAUCAUCUCCAUCAUCCCCUACUUUGCAACCCUCAUCACGGAGCUGGUCCAGGAGACGGAGCCCAGCGCCCAGCAGAACAUGUCCCUGGCCAUCCUGAGGAUCAUCCGCCUGGUGAGGGUCUUCCGCAUCUUCAAGCUGUCCCGUCACUCCAAGGGGCUGCAGAUCCUGGGGCAGACGCUGAAGGCUUCCAUGCGGGAGCUGGGGCUGCUCAUCUUCUUCCUCUUCAUUGGGGUCAUCCUCUUCUCCAGCGCUGUCUACUUUGCCGAGGUGGAUGAGCCGGAGUCCCAUUUCUCCAGCAUUCCCGAUGGCUUCUGGUGGGCCGUGGUCACCAUGACAACCGUGGGCUAUGGUGACAUGUGCCCAAUCACCCCAGGGGGAAAGAUCGUGGGCACUCUGUGUGCCAUUGCAGGGGUCCUCACCAUUGCACUCCCCGUGCCCGUCAUCGUCUCCAACUUCAACUACUUCUACCACCGGGAGACUGAGAAUGAGGAGAAGCAAAACAUCCCAGGAGAAAUCGACAAGAUCCUCAACAGCGUGGGCUCAAGAAUGGGCAGCACAGACUCUCUCAGUAAGACCAACGGUGGCUGCUCCCCAGAGAAGCCCAGGAAGUGA